GAUGGAGUGUUAUAUGGCAGCCUGGUCUCUCCUGUUUUUUGGGAAGGCGACUCCCGAUAUGAUAUCGCACCCCUUUUCCUGGUUUGUUGAUGAUCAUGAGUGGAAGGAUCUUUUCGCUUUGGUGUCCAGCCGACGUCUCUGUUUCUAAUAAAGCCACUGCGCUCACCUCUAGACCGUUUCGUGGUUCCUCGUUUUUUUCUUUUCUUCUCUGUUUUCUUUUUUCUGGUUCUGUGUUUCUGUUUGUUGUUACUGUGUUGUUUCGGCUCUGCCAACUUAUUCAAUCAAGUUCCAAGACCUGAACUCUUCUUUGCCGCAUCUGGCUUGACAUCAGUCCAGCUUUUCUCGAGAACAUCCGUUAUCAUUUGAGUGUCUUCAAGUAUACAGAAAGAUCAGGCUCGCUUUCUUUCCAAUAUCCCGAAUCGAAAUGAGCAGCAACAUAUCGCAAUGGCUUAAGACCUCCGAAAUAUCUCCCGUCCUCCUCAAUCUGAACUUGACUCAUUUGACGCCGAUACUCGACUGCGAGGCAGCUGGAAGACUGUUCUUUAUCUACAUCAAGGAUUCUUGUGAGAAAGAAGUCUGCCACAAUAUCGAAUGGGCAGGUGAUCCGGAUUUGUCUGGUAUUGGUUUUUAUGCCACGUAUAUUCUCAUGACCGUCUUGGCUACGCUUUUCUCCGUCAUUUAUGCCUGUUACUUUCUGCAUUGGGCGUGGGAGGAAAGACCGGGACAGCCUCACAGCAUCUGGAGCGGUCUUGCGGCGUCUCAAACCCCUCCGGAAUGGAAACCACUUAACGACUCGCUUCGCUCCUUCUGGAUCUUUUCUGUGUUUUUUGCUUAUGGUAUUACCAUCGCUGGCUUUACCCUGGACAGACUCGAGGGGAGCGACGUGAUGACCUACAGGCAUUGGUUCUCCUACCGCGAAGCGCACCUUUCCUUGAUGCUAUUGCUGUCCUUGUGGCCAUGGUACCGAAAACAAAGCACCUACCCGCGCCUCACUAUCAUAGGCCUCGGCAUCCUAUUCAUAAUCCUUGCUGCAACAAAAUACGGUGACUCUGAUUUCGGAGUGACCUGGGUGUAUGGCGAGGAAUCGUUAUACGAAUCAUGGGACUGCGCAUACGUCGAGGACAAAACACUUGACUUCAACAAUGCAAUGUACGCCGCUCAGUUUGUCCUCUUGAUCUGGAUCGGACGUCCUAUCCUGUCAUUGCUCGAGGGUUGGACAUCGGCAAAGACGAUUCAAAAAGGCCUCAAGUCACUCCGUCGCUGUAUACCGGUUCUCACAGCAUCCUUGGCGUUCGUUUUCAUGUGGAUCGACUUGGUCAUCUUUGUUCGCUCGCGUAGUGAGUUGAACUAUAAUGCCGGUUCCUCGUAUCAAGAGAACAAAUGGACUUUUGGGCAGAUUGCUGCUGUAACGACCUUGUUACCCUUGUUGGCUGACUUCUACCGGAUCUGGUUGUGUGAGUGACACUCGCUAUUAUUAUCGUCAGCCGUAGAGGUUGGGUCUAUUUUCAAGUCACUGACGCAUUUCCAGGGGAUUACACCAUGCUUUUAUAUGAGAUUGUCAUACCCUCGUGGAUGAGAGUGUGGAUCGAACAACAGCUUACCGGCGUGCAAAGGGUGAAG